AUGGAGUCAUCAUUGGAGUCAGAUAAUGCGCACUAUAUACCCAAGUCAGACAUAGAGGUCUUGUCCCAGGAGAUCGAUAACGAGCUCGGGAUGUAUCGCAUUCGAACCGGCAAUAAAAUCCGCUAUCUUACGAUUGAGGUAGAUGCAUUUGAUGAAGAUACGAUGUGUCGACCGUAUCUAUUGAUUCCAGAACUUCCCAGCUUCCCCAACGCUCCGUGGACGAAGAUGGACAUCUGUCGCUCAAAUGAUGGUUCAUUAAAAGUUACAACCUCAGAUGUUAAGCUACAGGGGAGAAAGUUUGAGGUCCUCUCCCUCAAACGCACUCGAUACUACCGACACAACGUUCACGAAGUGAUCUUCAACGGAGCACCAGCGAUUGCGAAAAUCGUACGGUGGGAGUGGGAGCUCCCGCGCAUGGAGAACGAGACUGCUGUCUACUCAUUUAUCUACCAAGAUCAGUGCGCCCACCCUGAGGACCCGCCCAUUGCACCCCAAGUUCUCGCUCAUUUGACCGAAGACGGCAGAGUGAUGGGCUUGCUGCUGGAGAAAGUAAAUGGUCGAUUUCCGGGACCAGACGAUUUAGCAAGGUGCGAAGAGGUUGUUCGCAGAGUCCAUGAUAUAGGGAUUGUCCAUGGAGAUAUCAAUCGGUAUAACUUUCUGAUCGACGAUGAGACGGGGAAUAUACGGCUGGUCGAUUUUGAGCAUGCCAAACACUUAACGGAGGAGACUGCCAGGGCUGAGUUGGAUUCAUUGCCAUCGGAACUCGCAGAGGAGACUGGGAGAGGGACAACCACCGAGGAGAAAAUCGCUAUAUUUGAAGAUUGA